UAUUUCAAAGUGUCGGCGCUAACGAUACUUUAGCUACCAUUUCGAUUUAAGUUUUACUUAAUCAAAUAUCCAACUAACGUAAACAGUUAAAAAAUGUUAACUAGGUUAAGAAUUAAGCGCCAAAAUACAACAAAUUAUCGACAGCAUAACGCUAGCGAGGAAUUAGCCGCGAAUACCGUUUCCAUGGUAAUGGAACUUUACGUUUAACGGCAACUUUCUAGCUAGUUGUUAGCUUUAGCUGUUUAAUAAUUAACGGCCUAGUUAUUAAUGUGAACAGAGAUGUCAUUAUCGGAGUUUUUGAGCAAUAAUUGCGCCGACGUUUUACAGUUUGAAUCUCCACCGACAUUAAAAGAGACCAACGACGCCUCUCCUCGGCUGAGAUUUAACAGUCUGACGCUGGAUGAGUUAAGUGAGGAGCUUGAUAGACGGACCAAGGAAACCCAGAGGCUUCAGGAAGAGGUUGAAAAUGCAACCAAGAUAACCUUGGAGAGGUUUGCCUGCACAUAUGGCGUCCACCGCUCACCUGGAGACAGCUCCCACAACCACAGGUUUAAUGUCGAUGACUCAGCUGGGGACUCUAAUAUUCUCUCAACCCACCAGCAGGCUGUGACUCAGCCUCUGCUCUGUGAUCUGGAUAGUUUAAACCAAGGAGUAGCCCAAAGGGAUAUCAGCUCUCCUGGAGAUGAGGUGUCUGAAAAUGCAAUGGAUGACUGUCUUCAACAGCUGUCUGACCUUCAGCUUAAUAAGACACAUGAUCAACCUGAACAAGAGAUAUUCUGUUUUGAUAAAGCCAUCAUGAACCUGCAGACUAAACUACAUAAAGUGCAGAAGGAGAAGGAUGUCCUGUCUGACCUCAGAUUGAAGGAUUCAAGGACACACGUUGGUCAGAUGGAAAAGAUGCUGUUCAUGUUGGAGGAGCUCCAAAAGAUCAAAGGGGCCAAUGAGGGCCAGAAGCUGCAGGAGACAGAGGCUGAGACAUUGGCACUCAACAGGAAAGUAGAGACACUGGAACAAAAUGUAAAGGAGAUGUGCUUACUGUUAUCUCAUGAGACACAACAUGUAAGCAAUGCCAUCAGCAGUCCUGAUGUCAGCACCAGUUUAAAACUGCUGCCCCUCGGUGCCAAAUUAACAGAGGAUGAGACAGAAGAGCUACAGGAGAGACUUUGUUUGCAGAAAAUUAAACAUCUGGAGGGUGAAGAAAGCUGUGGCGCAAAUAAGCAAAGAGAAAGAAUGGAAGACCUGAUUACAAGUCUUGGCCAGGAGGUGGCACUGUUGACUGACAAACUGAGUUCAUCAAAACAAGACAGUGUCAGCUUGACUGUCAAGUUGGAGAAGCUGCAGAAACUUGCAGAAACACAGACAUCAUUGCACCAGAGUCAAGUCAGUCAACUCGAGUCAACCCUCUGCAACCAUAAAGAGAAGGUCUUUUGUCUGGAGCAGCAGCUCAUUCAGGCUCAGUCCCAGCUGGCGGACGCCCAAAGAGAGAGAGAGCGAUCUAUAAAACGGGCAGAGGCGCUUCAGUCCCAGCUCGACCAGUUUGAGAGGUGCGGUAAGCAGCAGCAAUGUGAGCUCCAGGAGGAGAUAAAGGCCCUGAGAGGACAGCUGGAGGCAGCCAGGGAGAAGGAAACCUGCUUACAGGCCCUGCUGGAGCAGAGGGCCCAGGAGGGGCGUAAAUACCAGGAACUCCUGGAGGAGAAAAACAAGGAACUGCAGCUUAGCCAGCAAGAAGUUCAGCAUCAUCUUGCCAGGUUGGACGAGGCCCAGAACCGAUGCCAGGCGCUGCACGCAGAGGGAGAGGCUCUAAGGCUAAAGCUGGAUGAACGAGAUAAGAUGAUGGGUAUUCUGAGGUUGCAGAUGGAGAACGGCAUCCAGAUGACUGUGCAGCACAGCCGUACCAUCGACGACCUUCAGCAGGAGAACACCCUCCUCAGCAACCAGUUAAACCAGCACAAGCUGGAAAUUCAGCAGCUCAGGGCCGAGCUAAACCAACACAAGUCAGACCUGGCUGCCGCAGAGCACGAGAGGCAGCAGCUACAGGCCUCUGUGGCUGAACAAAGUCAGCGUGUCCAGGAGGAAACUCUGGAGAAACAGCAGCUCACCAUUCAGCUGGACAUCCAGCGCAUGCAGUUACUCACCCUCACCAAGGAGCACAAGGAGCUGCAACGGCUCCACAGCUGCAGGAAAGAGGAGCACGAGGGUGCGGUGCUGGAGCUUCACAGUCAGCUAAGGAGCGCCCAUGAUGAGCUGGCCCAGGUCAGGAGCACCCUGAGGACCCUGGAAGGAGCCGACGGACACGGCCUCCAGGUAGCCGUGGACAUGCAGAAGGAGGUCACUGCCAGGAGAGAGCAGGUCGACUCCUUGCAGGGCAAAAUCCAACAUUUAGAGGAGAUCAUGGACAAACUGUACCAGGAGAAGCGCCUCCAGACCCUGAAGAACCAGCGUCAGCUCCAGCAGCUUACCUUCGUCAGGGAGGAGAAGAGACAACUUGGCGACGAGCUGGAGGCCCUUCGCUCUAAAGAUAAACAGUUGAGGGAGCACAUCAGCCAGCUGGAGGCAAUCCUUCACAAGAUGUCGGAGAGCUUUGCAGACUGUCAAGAUUUCAUCCAGCUGCAGGAGCAGGACUUUUUCCGUCUGAAACUCCGACACGCCUUGGACUUGAAGGAGCUCCAAGGUCAAAACUUGCGCACAGCUCUGAAUGUACCUCCACCUGACCUGAGCUCCCCGUCCCCAUCGGCACUCACUGCUCCACCCUCCUCCCAGCACGCCUCCAACACCCAGAUCAUGCAGGAGAGCCCCGCCCGGAAGCUCAGGUCUCUCGUCAGAGAGCUGCGAGGAGUGAUUUCGGAGAACCACAGACCACACACAGAUGACAGGAGAAGGUCUGCACCGGAGAGAGUGCACAGAACCACAUUCAGCACUGAAGAGGCAGAAGAAGUAAAAGCUCGCUCCAGAAUGAGAAGUAAAACCUGCGGCAGCGAGCCGCAUUUCCUGAGGGCAGCUGAACUCAACAGGAAAUUAAUCAACAAAUCCUCCAGUGAAAGCCGUGUCAUUUUCAGUCCAGCGACUGCUGCGAGGUACACUUCCUCCCCACAGAUACUCCUGCUGGGCCGCAGGUCGCCCGUCCACUCUCUCCUGACCUCUGACCCAAACAGCUGACAGUGAGACACAACAGACCUGAGGCUGACCCCUCUUAUCAGUAAGCUGCACAUAUUGUUUAUUACAUUUACCGUAAAGAUAGAAUGAGUAGAAAGGGCGUUGAACUUUAUGCUGUCGUCAUUUGACUUGUACAAAAGAAAAUGGCGAUUAUUUUAUGUUUUAGUACUCUAAAGAUGUAAAUCCAGGAAUCCUUAAUUCGUCUCUAGCAGCAAGGAAACAGAACUAGUGAACAAUAGAUGAGGGCUAAGCCACCGUCAUUUGCUCCUUACUGCAAAACCUCAACUUAGUGAGUUUGCGACUUGCCGCAUGUCAGUUUGUUUAUAUGGAUUUUAGUUGGAUACAACAGUUGGCACAACAGCAAUGGCAAACAUAAAAAUGGCCACCACUCCUGCCAUCCUGUUAUGUUGAUUUGAAUGGGAAUGUCAGUUCUAUGCUCAUCCUGUUUCUAUGAUACAUACAUAGACCGAGUCAUUUGUGGGGUUUUCCUCUAGAUACUGUAUAUUUUUAUGUCAUAGUGCAUAUUGAAUUAGAGGGGAAUUUGAAUAACACUCCAAAAAGUUAAAUAGUUUUAUACAAUUCAUCAGUAACUGAGUAAUUUUCUCAUAUUUACUAUUUCAUCAUCUGUGGCACAGCAAGAAACGUCACAGCAUAAGUCUGAGGUGUCAGGACGUAAUGAGGUAAUAAAUGAUUAUUCAGCAAGUCAGCUAAGUUCCCUGUUAGACGUGUCCUUCAGCAGCUCACAGACAGAACUGUUGUCAUAACAAUUGUGUAAAUGUUAUUGACUCAGUCAUCCCUCCUAAUUCCUCAUAACAAUUACUUCUCUUUCUUUAUCUUUCAGGAAGCUGCUUUUUUAUUUAAAAAAAAUAAACUCCUUAGAUGAAGUUGUCUAAAGAUCGCUUUAUAAAAAUGCAUAUGUAGUUUUGUAAUUUAUUGUUGAUAUAAAGGUUUUUAAUAAAUGUA